AGUCAUAAUAAGAAGUGCAUCUGAACUAAAAAUCAAGAAUGAGUGAUACUGUUUGUCAGUGAUUUGGAAAUUCUUUCCAUUGCGUGCUUGCCACACAGGGGAAACAAAUUUUGUCGGGGAUACCAACCUUGGCACGACACCGGCAAUAAACAAAAGCUCUACCUCUGCUAAACUGUACAUUACACACUUCAGAAAACACAGUCUGGUGUGAGGAAAAUCAAAGCGAUCGAGGUAACUUGUAAUCUAGGUUAAUACUACAGUGUGACCACUAGAUGGAGACAGUGUCUGUUCUCAUGGAUAACGUGUUGAAGACCUGUUGCAAAUUUCUUUCCAGUCCUAUUCAAACUGUGAUGAUUUGCAACAACUAAGAGACUAAAUUAGAAAUUAGGAUUAUGUUUGCAAAUGGUAUUCAGCAAUCCACAAAAAACUCACCGGAAAUCUGAAGGGGAAGUUCAUUUUACUGUCGCCUGGCUCUCAUAAAUGACAUGAAGCAGCUUUUUGUGGUCAGUCAUGGCAGGCACACAGCAGAACGGUCUUCACUUUCUGAUGCUUGUAGUUUCUUGCAUCUUUGCCUUUCUCGCACCUGCAGCAGGUCAGAUCAGACUAGCUGGGUCUGGGUCCACUCGGUGCUCUGGAAGGGUUGAAGUCUAUCACAGUGGCUCCUGGGGAACAGUCUGUGAUGAUGACUGGGACUUAAAUGAUGCCAACGUGGUCUGUAGACAGCUGGGCUGUCGGAAAGCGGUGAAGGUCACUUCAUCUGCUGACUUUGGUCAAGGAAGCGGGAAAAUCUGGCUUGAUAAUGUGGCCUGUUCAGGAACUGAAAGCUCUAUAACUGAGUGUGGACACAGUGGAUUUGGGACACAUAACUGUGGACAUGGCGAGGACGCUGGUGUUGUCUGUUUAGGUGCCCAUAUCAGAUUAUCUGAGUCUGGGUUGAGUCAGUGCUUUGGAAGAGUAGAAAUCUACCACAGUAGUGCGUGGGGAACAGUCUGUGAUGAUGGAUGGGACUUAAAUGAUGCUGAAGUGGUCUGCAGAUCCUUAGACUGUGGAACAGCCCUGAGUGCCACUUCAUCUGCCCUUUUUGGUCAAGGAAGUGGACAGAUCUUGCUUGAUGAUGUGGCCUGUUCAGGGAGUGAAAGUUCUCUAACUGAGUGUCAGCACAGAGGAUUCGGGACACACGACUGUAACCAUGGUGAAGAUGCUGGUGUCGUCUGUUCAGCGAGUCUCCCAAAACCCAGCAUCUCUGUAAAUGAAGGUGAGGUUAGCUGGGGUCAGAAUAUCAGCAUCACUUGUUCCGUCUCAUCUGAGUUCUUAGAUGGAACUUUCACCCUCAAGAAAACCUCAAGUAAUUUCAGUCAGACUGAAACAGGAUCCAGAUCUGCUACCUUCAAUAUCCACAGAGUGGACUUCAGUGAUAAGGGUCUGUACCAGUGUCAGUAUGAGAAACGCAUUUCAAGUAACACAUUCAGCUCCCCCCUCAGUGACUCUGUCAGAAUCUCUGUUACUGUAAUCUUUCCAAAACCCAAUAUCUCCAUCAGUCCUGCUGGUGAGGUGACCUGGGGUCAGAACAUUGGAAUCACUUGUUCAAUCUCAACUCAAACUUUAGGUGGAACGUUCAUUCUGAUGAAAACAUCAGAUUCAUUCAAAAAGACCCAAAACUCAAACACAAACUCUGCUACCUUCAAUAUUCCUGAAGUAGACUUUGAUGAUGAGGGAUUGUACCAGUGUCAGUAUCAGGAAAGCGGCCCAAGUCAACAAUUUUACUCCCCAACAAGUGACUCUGUUAGGCUCUCUGUUACAGUGAGACUACAGAGGCCCAGCAUCUCCUUGACGUCUCCUAAUGCAGGACUUGUCUGGGGUCCUGAAGGUGCUCAAAUCACCAGGGGUUACAGCUUUGUCCUCACCUGUUCCAUUAACUCCACAUUUUCCAGUGGACAUUUUAUUCUCAGCUUCUCUGGCUCCAACCUCACAGAGCCAGCAGUCAACAACUCGGCCUCCUUUAGUUUCCCUGUAGCUGAGUAUGAACAGCAGGGCAACUACAGCUGUGUGUACGAGGUCACAGUGUCCACACGGACAUUCACAUCUGCUGAAACUGCACCGAUUACUGUCAUCAUUAAAUUGUCUUCGAUGCCGCUGGUGUCCUCUGUAUCUGUUGUAAUCCUGCUGCUGCUCCUGCUGCUGCUCUUAGCGGUGUUGCUGAUCCUCAGAAGAAAACGACAACACAAGCAGCCUGCAGCUCUCAUCCAAACUCAAAUGGUUGUCCAAGUUGGGAAUGACUACACGUGGGGAGACAUUGAGGGCGAUGAGGAGGUCUAUGUGAAUGUUGAUCUGCAUCAAAAAAUAAAAGGUGAAGCUACAGGAGAGGAUGGAGACUUGAGCGAUGACUAUGAGGAGCCAGUGAAUGAUGGCGACUCUGAUUUUAAGGAAACAGAUCCCAGUGACUAUUACAGAUGUCCAAAAGAGGCCUGUAUGUUUGUAGACAAUCACAGGGAAGAAGAUGAUGAUGAAGAGAAAACUAGUCAUGCAAAAGAUGUCUUUGAGAAUGUAUCCCCUCCAUCACCAGUUUAUUAACAUUCAUAAUGACCCGACCUGAAUCGCAUAAACAUCCAAAAUACAACCACACCGAAAAUACCUGCAGGCCAAUAAAUGUUCACCAGUGUCGUAUGGGUUCUAUUUCUUCAAUAUACCAUUCUUUGUAACAAUAUUUAUGAAGUACUAUAAGUACUUUUAAAUUACAGUUAUUUUUGAUUCCUUGUGGCAUACCUUCAAGUUAAAGGAAUCAUCUUCAGCCCAAUGCCUUUGGUGGUCACCUGACUUCACAAUAUCCUGAUCUGUGAGUUUGAUAUCGGUUCUUAUUUAAAGGUUCCCCUUCUGGAUCUCUGCAGGCUGCAUGUCAAAGCUAAAUGUGAAGGGUGUGUGGGGGGAGGCUCAAAUGAUUGUAAAACUGUUUAUCGAAGUAUAUCGUUAAAAUUGGGCUUUGUCCCCUGAGGUUCUUGUCAUGUCUGCUCCUUGUUCAUGACGCCCAGUUUCAAAAUAUCAGGAGAAAAUUGGCAAAAUUGCUCACCGUUUAAGCUUUAUAGUGGGACUAAAACCAAUGGGUGAUGUCAACCGUUCUAAGGUUAUCCUUUCCUCUAACAUUAAAACAUUUUCUUUACACUGUAAGAAAAUAUUAGUUUUUUACCCUAAAUAUUGAAAUCCUCUUAUUCCAAGUAGCCUUUGACAAACACCACUGAACAAUUUAGGUUCAAAAAACUGUUUGACUUUUUUUCACCCUUUAUAAUCUUACAAAGAGUGCAUCAGUAAUGGAUGGAAACAUUCUUUUAAACAACCUUUCCUUUGAACCUUUACUUUUUUUUUCAUUUUAUUGAUUCAUACUGUAUUUUAUAUUUGAUCUUGGACGUGAAUCUGGGUUGGCUUCAUUUUAAAAUGUACAAGUCUGAGCCUGAAUUAUUGUUUUUCAAUGCUUUUUGUUUUUAUCUUCAUAUAUUAUUCUAAUUUCUUGUAUUAUAUCUUUAAAAAAAAUUAUGUUGCAUGCUACUGUACACGUCAACAUUACAUUAUACUCUGUGCAUGAUACUCAAAUACUUUUCCAAGGCAAACCAGAAAUUAUGUAUUGAUAUUUUGGAAAAGUUAUAAACACCCUGCAAAUACUUUGAAUAAAUUCUUACAAAAUA